AUGCCGCGGGAGAUCAUCACCAUACAGGUGGGGCAAUGCGGGAACCAGAUCGGGAUGGAGUUCUGGAAGCAGCUCUGCCUGGAGCACGGCAUCGGCAAGGACGGCCUUCUCGAAGAUUUCGCCACCCAGGCAAAGGCCGUCGCCCUUUUUUUUAGUCUCUUGAGCAAGUUUCUGCAUCUUGGUCGCUUUGUCACUUAGCAUAGUGUUAGGUUUCCCUUCCCGCAACAUUCUUUGGGAGUUGCUACAUAACUGAUCAUUAUAUCUAUUUGUCCGAGAAGUCUAGAUAAUUCUCUCAUGCUAGGGUUUAUUCUGAGGUUGAUGAGAAUUCACUGUAUCAUGUGAAGAUCGACAUAGAAUGAGCAAAACAGGUCGGGCUUUCUUGUUAACCAUUUAUAUGAAGAAGAAGAGUGCAACCCAUAUAUAGUCUGGGCAAUCAUAGAUGUGUUCAUGAUGAUCCAUGGUGUUUAAGACAAGUUCAAAUGGCCUUCUCCGUUUUCGUGAAUAUUAGGAUACGUAUUUUCAAUCUGCUCGUUUCCAGAUUUAACUUUUGGUUACCAACUAAUGUAUAUGUUUUAAUUAAGUUAUGAUUAGUCCAUAAGAAAAUCACCUGGAAAACAAUCUACCUCAAUGGGUUGAGUUAAUUGCAUUUAGAUGAAUAUUAGUUACAAUUAUCUUGUUUCUUAUCUAAAGUACAGUUGGUUUAUGCUCUUGGAAGUGACGUAUAGUUGUUGAUUUUUCUCUGAAGUGUAUGGCUAUUUAUGAAGUUUGUGAUUGGGCAGAUAAUAAGAUUCUAAAAGUUUUAUAUUCCCGGAUAAAUGAAAAUGUGUUCAUGCUUUCGGCCACAUUAAAUUGCUUCACGUAGUAAAUUUACUUACUUAUUAAUAUUAAAAUCAUAAUUCCAGUCUUCGUCCAUCAUGGCAGAUGUCCAGAUGCAUUAUUCUUUGAGGCACGAACUUAACUCCAUAACCCGUAAAAGGGAGAAUUUAGUGUUGUGACCUUGUAAGACAACAUCCUUGCAGCGGUUAUUCUCCUUAGUCUAGGAUAAGCUAGUUAUGUUCAUGGUAACAAUUUUCUCUGCCUACAUCAAAAAAAUGUCAUAUUCUUAAUAUGUCUCUCUUUUCUUUUGAAUUUUGGCAUGGUUUAAUAGACCAUGCCAUAACAAUGAAUCAACUUUCUUAGAUUAUUUUCUUUUUUUAAUUUGCCACGUCAUUGAAUCUCUGUGUCCUCGUACAUGCGCUAAACUUUUGUCGGUAGUAUGGGCUUUAAAUUUUAUGUUUCAGUGGCAAAUGUCAAUUCCCAGUUGCGUCUCCGUCAACGAUAAAUCUUUUUCAUGGCACAUGUUUUUUUACCUUAUUGCUGAAUUCUCACUUCGCAAAACUGUGCAGGGAGGUGAUCGAAAGGAUGUCUUUUUUUAUCAAGCUGAUGAUCAGCAUUAUAUUCCUCGGGCUCUCCUUAUGGAUUUGGAGCCCAGAGUUAUAAAUGGCAUCCAGAAUAGUGAAUACCGGAAUCUGUACAAUCACGAGAAUAUCUUUGUCUCAGAUCAUGGAGGUGGUGCAGGAAAUAAUUGGGCUAGUGGAUAUCACCAGGUUCUCUUCAUUAUUUUAUUGAAUGAUUUUCGUCCCUGUUUUCAAAUUAAAUAUUAUUAAAAUAUUUUCCGAUAUUAAUUAUCAUUGUGUGGCAAAAUAUAUCAUUUCAAAGUCAUUUUUCUAGUUUAAUCUCAACUCACAUCAAUUACUUAUUAGGAUAGAAAGUCUCUUAUCUUCAUGACCAGUAUGCUUGUUCACUGCUGCAGUAUCUAAGCUUCUUUAAGGAUUUAAAAAUGUGGUUUUCCGGUCAUGAGAUAUGACGUGCCUUUACCUUUUGGCUUCCAUUAUUUGGCAGUUUUGUAUCUUGAAUUUGUGAUUUAACUUUGUAUUGUUCCGUUAUCUCUUAUAGGAUGCGAUUCAUGACCAAACGGAUAUGCCAUCUGCUUCAUUCCUUCCUCUCUGUCAUGAUAGCAUCGGAAAAAAUAUCAUAUUAUCUGUGGCUUUUGUGAUGAUCACUGGAUAUACUUCUUUUCUUAUGCCCGGGGCAUUGUGUAGUAUUGUCCCCCAGUUUGAUUUUGAUUGGAAGCUAAUCUAUGUCUCCCAUUGUUUAGUGGUUUCUUUGCUAUUUUUAUGUUGGAUAUGCUUUUCGUCAUGAAAGAAUGUCACUAAUGUUAUAUAUUAUAUUCUCUCUUAAUUGUUGUUUGUUUUGAAUCAGGGAGAGCAAGUUGUUGAUGAUAUAAUGGAUAUGGUCGAUAGGGAGGCAGAUGGAAGUGAUAGCCUUGAAGGAUUUGUUUUAUGCCACUCAAUUGCUGGAGGGACUGGCUCAGGUAUCUUCAAUUAACAAUUGCUUUCAGUAUUCCAAACCUUGUAUUAUUUUCGGCAUUCUAAUUUUGAACACCUUGUAAUUUAUAUUGAAUCAUUUGUAUCCUUUACUCUGGAGGUCACUAGUUGAAGAUCAGUCUUUUUUGCCGAUCAUUAUCUCAAUACAUCUACCUGCGGUCACAGGCUGUUACAGCAAGGAAAUCUCUCUCUCUCUCUCUCUCUCUCUCUCUCUCUCUCUCUCUCUCUCUCUCUUUUUCUCUCUUGAUGAGUAAAAGUUAUAAUAUUGAGUAUUACUGUAGAGUGUAAUCUUCAUGUAAAAUUUUAAUUUUAAUUUUAAUCUUCAUCUGUUGUGUGCUGCUUUUUUUAUUUUGUCAUAAUCUGUUUUUUUCUUUUUUUUGUCACAGGAAUGGGUUCAUAUCUCUUGGAGACAUUAAAUGAACGCUACAGCAAAAAGCUGGUUCAGACAUAUAGUGUUUUCCCCAAUCAGAUGGAGACGAGUGACGUAGUUGUUCAGCCUUAUAAUUCACUUUUGACCCUUAAGCGGUUGACACUGAAUGCUGAUUGUGUUGUUGUCCUCGACAAUACUGCUUUAAAUAGGAUUGCCGUGGAACGGCUUCAUCUCUCAAAUCCUACAUUUGCACAAACAAAUUCCUUGGUCUCUACUGUGAUGUCUGCCAGCACAACUACUCUGCGGUAUCCAGGAUAUAUGAAUAACGACUUGGUUGGCCUUCUCGCUUCAUUAAUUCCAACUCCAAGAUGUCAUUUUCUAAUGACAGGGUAUACACCACUCACUGUGGAGCGACAGGUGAGUAUUCAGAGAUAUCUGUAUUAAUACUUCUUUCAGCAUGUUUAUUUUUUAAGGUGUAGGGUUCUUUAAUGCUUAUUACUCUAAUGAAAGCAAAAUAUUGGUUCUCGUUUCUUGGUGGGGAUAACGGCAACACGUGCGUUGAGAGUCACUGCUGAUUAUCCAGCUGCAUGCUUGAAUUUGAUCUAGUGUUGCUUCAUGAUCUAGGAUACGCUAACUUAUUAGCCCUUUAUUCAAUAACACUACCAUCGGUUUUUUAUCAUGAAGAUGCACAUGUUUGAUUUUGUACGCAAGGAGAUGCUGUAUUGCUUUUUAUAUCAACUUAAAGUGUGUUGGGCUUGGUCUAUAAUAGCUAAAGAAGAGGAAAACAAUGUUCGGAUUAAAUGUUACUGCACAUUGCGAUCAGGCCUACCACUUGCCAUCCAUAUGUCUUGCCCAUAUAAUUGUCAAAAUCCUCUGGGUUCUUGUGGCAUGUCGAUUGGCCCAGGUCUUAGAUUUGUUAGUUGACAGAUUUUUGAUGAGCAAAACUGAACCAGCUAUGCUGAGAUCCAAGUUAGGAAAUCCUUGAUGAAGUCACUCGGAAGAAAAUAUCAUAUAAAGACGUAAAUAUCAAUAAGGUGAGCAGUAGACAGAUUUGAAUCAGAAUCCCUGUGCAUUCCAAUGAAAGGACAAUUUUCAGUCUCUAAUUUUCAAGAAGAUCAACUCUCAGAAUAAAUUGGAAACCAAUAAAUAGCAUACUUAAAACUCCUAUCUGAAAAGAAUGAACUUUGAAUGCAUAAUGGACUCAUAGUUUAUCAAUUUUAGAUACAUUGUUUCUGGGUCCCCAUUUACCAACAUUAGUGAAAAAUAAAAUACCAGUCUACUAGAUUUUAUUAUCUUUAAAAAUCUGAAAUCUGUAUGCGUGAUUAGUUGGAAUCCUUCUAUUUUUGAUUGGCCAAUCAAACUUUUAUCUGCAAGUUGGCGGGUGAAAGACUGGGUCGAGCUUUCUACAGAGGUUAAAAAACCAUCUACAUUGAUCGAUUCUUGUCCUACACUACUUUUCUUGAAAAACAUGGCUGUGACUGCAAAUGACAACCAAGAAAUCCGCUGCUCCUCGCAAUAAAGAGAAGUCACUUUGGGUUGCAUGCUAUUUGAGACAUUUCCCCUGUUUAUGACACUUAGUGUUGGAAGUUUAUCAACUUGACGUCCAUUUACAGUUUUCUUUUCAAACUUUCUAUUAAACACGUAUCACUUCUGCAGAGAUCACUGGGUUAUGUUCUUGUGAUUCUGGUCCCUCCCACAAAGUAGCAGACUCAUACUUUUGUUUUUGCAGGUCAACGUUAUACGUAAAACAACUGUUUUAGAUGUUAUGAGGAGGCUCUUACAGGCACGAUCACCCACUUGCCUUUGCCACUUGAAAGUUCUGAAACGCUUGUUUUUUCACUGAAUAAACCUGACAUUUGUGUGCCUUGCAGACUAAGAACAUUAUGGUUUCUUCUUAUGCGCGUACUAAGGAGGCGAGCCAAGCAAAAUACAUUUCUAUCUUAAAUAUUAUUCAGGGAGAAGUGGACCCUACUCAGGUAUUCUUGGGUAUUCAUAUUGGUUCUUUAUUCGAAUGCUAUAAUCAAGAAAGGAAAAAGGCACGAGACUGUUUUCUCUGUCAGAUUUAAACAAUGUUACUAUUGUCGUCUAACGAUCUUAGAGACUUCUGUCGAGCCUCUGCAAAACGUUACCGAUGCAUGUUGCUGACGUUUCAGUUGAAGCUAACCAGCGCUAAUGUUCCCACUGGCAUGCAAACGGAAUCUUUUCUCACACUAUGUGAAUUCUUAACAUAUUCCGUCCAAAGAGCCUUUUUAAUCCUAAGUACAUAUUGCAUUGUAUUUAUAAGAGGCAUCGAGCUCGCUAGAAGAUCUCGUGGUAAUCAAUCUAUCUGUUAUUCUAACGCAGCUACAUGCUGCUUGCAUUUUUGCAUGUGUAUCAGCUAUGCGAUUUACAUAGUGCUUAACAUCCUGAAAUAUCCUAGCAUUGUAGCUCGAAGGCGACUAAGUCCAGAAACUGAGUUGAAUUUCUUUACAUGUGCAAGAAUCUAAGCAAAGCCUGACAAUUUCUGUGACCGUCACAACCUAAAUUUUUAUACUCUGAUUUUUUCCGCACUUGCUAUGUUUACUUCAUGUUCUUUACAUUCUUAUCUUGUUCCCUUAACAGGUGCAUGAAAGCCUGCAGAGGAUACGUGAAAGGAAGCUGGUUAAUUUUAUUGAGUGGGGGCCUGCCAGCAUCCAGGUAAGCUACGUUGCAGGUGACGCAGAUUUCCUAAAACAGUUAUCUCUAUAGGGGUGCUCACAGGGAGCUUCCCAAUGAUUUCAGGUUGCCCUGUCGAGGAAGUCUCCAUACAUUCAGACAGCUCACAGGGUAGGCUUCUUUUGUCGUACUUCCUCUCCUCAUACCUCCCCUCUCCCCCUCUCCCCCUCUCCCCUCGUUCUCAAUGCCGCCAAUCUCUUGCUGCAACAGGUCAGUGGUCUGAUGCUUGCGAACCACACGAGCAUACGCCACCUCUUCGGCAAGUGCUUGAGCCAAUAUGAGAAACUGAGGAAGAAGCAGGCCUUCCUUGACAACUACAGGAAGUUCCCCAUGUUUGCCGUGAGUUGUCGAUGCCAACAUCUGCAGCCUCCACAAUCUUUUCGACACGCAGUCUUUAGCUCUCCCCCGUUGACCCAGAUGUGCGCGAAAUAUUGACUUUUUCCUAUGGUGUCUGCAGGAUAAUGAUCUCUCCGAAUUUGACGAGUCCCGAGAGAUUAUAGAGAGCUUGGUUGACGAAUAUAAGGCCUGUGAAUCACCGGAUUACAUCAAAUGGGGGUUGGAGGUACGUUUAGAUGGUAACAUUGCCAGAUAUGGAGGCUUACCCACUGUCAACGCCUCUGAUUAUGGUUCAUUCUUGGCAGGAUCCGGAGAGGGCCAUGACCGAAGAAGGUAAUAUCGCGGGAUUGUUGGACUCGAAACUCACCCUGUAA